AUGCCUAAGCAAGUGUCGGAUAUUAAGGAAUUCUUACUGAUUGCGCGUCGCAAAGAUGCCAAAUCUAUAAAAAUCAAAAAGAAUGGAUCACAAUCCAAAUUCAAGGUUCGAUGCUCACGAUACCUAUACACGCUAGUCAUUGCUGACUCUGAAAAGGCCGAGAAGUUAAAGCAAUCUCUGCCACCAGGCCUUAAAUUGAGUGCAUAA